CCCCUUAAGUAGGACAUUGAGCUGAGGAAGAGCCGUGGUCCUGCAAUGGAGGCUAGAGCGUCAUUAGCUAGCUACUAACAUUUAAUUUAACUUCAUUUCAGUGUCUCGUUUUGUUUCGCGCCCCAACCUGUUGAACAUCUUUAUUGCUUUUCUGUAGUGGACUGAUUGAUAGGUGUCAAACAUGUGUUCGAUUGCACAUAAGCAGUGCAGAGAACCGUUGGAUAACAAAUUGGGUGCUUAUGUGAAUUAAAUCUUGAUUUAGUUUGCUAGCUAGGUUGGAAAAAUUGAAAUACGGUUGCAAUAAAAUUAGGCGGCUAGCUACAGGUACACUCGCCAAAAAAUAAUUCGGAGGCCCGGAGCUGCAUUAAUUCAUUUUUGACAACGCGGUGCCCUGAGCGAUGGGGGCCUUCCUGGACAAGCCGAAGACGGAGAAGCACACGGCCCACGGCGGGGGCAACGGCCUGCGCUUCGGGCUGAGCAGCAUGCAGGGCUGGCGGGUGGAGAUGGAGGACGCGCACACGGCGGCGGUGGGCCUGCCCGGCGGCCUGGACGACUGGUCCUUCUUCGCCGUGUACGACGGGCACGCCGGCUCCCGCGUGGCCAACUACUGCUCGCAGCACCUGCUGGAGCACAUCACGGGCAGCGAGGGCUUCCGCGGCGACCACGGCGAGCCGGCGGUGGAGGCGGUGAAGAGCGGGAUCCGGGCGGGCUUCCUGAAGAUCGACGACCACAUGCGCGGCUUCUCGGACCUGCGCAACGGGCUGGACCGCAGCGGCUCCACGGCGGUGGCGGCGCUGCUGUCGCCGGGCCACCUGUACUUCAUCAACUGCGGCGACUCGCGCGCCGUGCUCAGCCGCCACGGCCAGGUGCGCCUGUGCACGCAGGACCACAAGCCCUGCGACCCGCGCGAGAAGGAGCGCAUCCAGAACGCCGGCGGCAGCGUCAUGAUCCAGCGCGUCAACGGCUCGCUGGCCGUCUCCCGCGCCCUCGGCGACUACGACUACAAGUGCGUGGACGGCAAGGGCCCCACGGAGCAGCUGGUGUCCCCCGAGCCCGAGGUGUUCGAGAUCGCCCGCGCCCCGGAGGACGAGUUCCUGGUGCUGGCCUGCGACGGCAUCUGGGACGUCAUGAGCAACGAGGAGCUCUGCGACUUCGUCCGCUCCCGCCUGGAGGUGUGCGACGACCUGGAGAGGGUCUGCAACUCUGUGGUGGACACGUGCCUGCACAAGGGGAGCCGUGACAACAUGAGUGUGGUGCUAGUGUGUUUACCCAACGCCCCCAAGGUGUCUGAGGAGGCGAAGAAGAAGGAAGCUGAGCUAGACAAGUACCUGGAGUCUCGCGUGGAAGAAAUCAUGGAGACGUCUGGCGAGGACGGUCUUCCUGACCUUGGACACGUCAUGCGCACCCUAGCCUCAGAGACUAUCCCCAACCUGCCACCAGGGGGCGGCCUUGCCAGCAAGCGCAGUGUGGUCGAGGCGGCGUACAGCAGAAUCAACCCUCACAGAGAGGAGGACGGGGAGUCGGAGGAAGCGGAGGAGGGCAGCAACAGCACACACCUGCGGGAGGCGCUGCGGCAGUUCCGCAUUAGUCACAGGGGCCAGUACCGCCAGGUCCUGGAGGAGGCGCUGUCCACCAUCUGCCUGCUCGGCGAGACGGGGGAAGAGGGCCCCGGACCCGCCCCCGGCGACGAAGCCCCGCCCUCGGAGUCGGCCACCCCGGGACCCCAGGACGAGGAGGGACGACUGGGGAGCUCGUCCCCUCCGCCUCCCGAAAGCCCUGACCCGCCCAUCGUGUGACCUCUGACCUCGCGACCCCGCGUUCCCCGGCGACACCGAGCGCAAGCCCUUCCGCUGCCCUUCCCUUUGCCCCGCCCCGACCACAGCGCACAGUUCGGGUUUGACCCUCUGGCCAAUCAGAAUGGCGGGGCAGAGGAGAGAGGGGCGGGACAGUUCGUCACAGAUAAUCCACAGGGAACAAAUUGCCAAGGAAACAUACUUGUGACACGCCUCCCCAGGACAGAGACUCGCAUCGUUAGGGUGAGGCAAAGGGGGCGGUGCUCUCCAGGCAGCAAGUGUUCUAACGUUCUGCAACGGUUAAUGAGGAUCAGCCAGGCCUAGUCUCCCAGCCAGCUCCCUUCCUUGUAUUUGUCCUCCUGUAGACAGCUUUAGCCACGCACUUCAUUGAGCUUUUAUGAGGAGACCAUAUGAAUUAACUAUAACUUGUACUUGACUGAGAUAUUGUAGAGUGUGCAUGCAUUUUUGGUGAGCAGCUGUCAUACUUUUCCCCUUUUGCCUGCUUGCUUAUUCCUGUGUGAAAGAGCGAGAGGAUAUGCACUGCUUUUGUUGACUGUGUGUUGGGUCCAGAGACCCUGUCACUCUGCAGCACGGAGCCCAUGAUUCCCACAAUACAUUGCCCACAUGCAAUGCAUUCUGUGUUCUGUAGUCUAGUCACUGGCUGGAACAAUUAGGCCUGUCUCAUUUUAUUAGCAUGCGCUAUUUUUGGCCGUGCUAAGUUUAUGCUGUUGUGUUUAAACAGCGUGCUUAUGUGUUUUUGUUAUGCCUGCGCGUCUGUGCGUAUAUGCUAGCAUGUGUGCACGAGCGUGUAUAAGUGUCAAUGCGGCUGCAUGUUAGAGAGGCAGUCUGGGUGUUGCGUGUUGUGUUGAAAGUGUAACAGGUGAGAGGUUUUGGAGUGUGUUGUAAGUGUCCGGUAGAGGAGCGGUGGUGAUGUUGAAUGCAAGGUGCAAGUGUGUGUCGGAGGAUAGGUGUACUGCAGUAGAUGCGUUUUAGAAAAAGAAUGCGAUUGUGUGCAUGAGACCGUAUGUGCAAAACAUGCGGUGGGUGCUGCAGAUGUCUUUUAAGGAGUAUUCUUUCACUCUUUUCUUCCCUCUCUCCCUACACUUCUCACCUAUCCCUUCUUUCUGCUCACUGCUUAGGUAACCUAACAAGCUGUCAUUGGCAUGCUAUAUUUAGCUGAAUGGAAGGCUGUUAACUGCACACAUUUUAGCUGUGUGAAUAUUUUUAUUCAACAAAAUAACCAAAAGGAAAGUUCACAGAAUGUCUUGGCAUUCUGAACCUUAUGUCAUGUUUUCUGCACUUGCAUUUCCUAAUGCCAUUUUUACUUUAGACGUGAGGUAACCCUGAUAGGUCAAGGCUUUUUUUGUGACAUCAUAAUGGCAGCACCACAGAAAUAACAACAGUGACAUCACAGGCAACAGGAUGAGACUCCACACCAACAUGGAUGGUCUCUGUUGGUCUCUGACAUCCUCCUGGCACAGGGAGUUAACAUUGCCCCUGACGGAGCCAGUGAUUGGCUGGUGGGGUAUCGAACCCCACUGUCAUUCACAGAAUGUUAUUAGUUAUAUGUGGGUGAGGCCGGGAUACCACAGUCCGGAGAGUUUUUGAUGAGCUAGGGAGCAAACAAAGAUUUUCCAUAUUAAUCUCUUCAAAUGAUCAAUCUUUGUUGUUUGUGUGUUUUAAAAGCAUGUUUGUUUCUUAUGUGUGUAUACCCUCAGCACCAAAAACCUGUGGAGAAAAUGAAAUUACACAGCAGAGGUAAAGCAGGCAGAAUUCUCCUGCCACAGGACAACUUUUCGAAAUGAAAGAGUGGGUGUGUGAUGAGAAGUUUAAAUGCAUUCCAGUUAAUUUUCCUCCGACGCUGUUAUUUUUGAGCUGAAGCGAAUAAGUUUCGUUUUUUAUAGGUGUUUCGUGCUGCUGUUUUUUCCUGAGCAAAUAAAAUUUCAUUUAACAGAAAA